GGACCAGUUUGGAUGGGCAGACAUACCAAGGGUGGUGAGGGGUGUAGAAAACAGGGGAAGGAAGAGGAUGAGCUGACAAGUAGCCAAGAAAUAAAGUGAAAAGUGUAAGUAGACAGGAUAAAUGAUGUCAUGGAAUUGACAAAUGCAGAAUAUUGUACAAAGGAUAGGAGGAGAGACGACAGAAAUAUGUGACAGCAGGAGAGAGGAGGAGGAAGAUACAGUCUGCUAGGAAAUAACAUACAUGAAGAAGCCCAAAGAGAACUGAGAGUGGAAAGCGGAAUAGACAAACUCUGGGAACUGAGAGUUAUUGUGUAUAUAGAGUGCUAGGAAGACACUGCUGGGCAGUAAUAUCACAACAGCGGUAAAUGGGGAGUAGAGGCAGAGAGAGACAAACCCUGCUGGCACAGGGCAGUUACAGGGUACAGACACACAGCAGGAUGGAGACAACUGAGAAAGAAAAGACCUUGGCUCAGACUGAACAGAUUCAGAAGUCUGAGUCUGAAAGAAAAGAGUUGCUGGAGCACAUCAAGCAGCUGCAGAGCGAUAUAUCUUGCAUUGUUGCAGACAUCGAUGAUUUUGAGAAAAGCCGUAAAACCCAGCGAGAGAAUGAACUUUACAGCGCCAGACGCAAAUUCAACAUGGACCCUGAGAAAGGCAUCCAAAUGCUGAUUGAGAAAAAACUCCUUGAGAGGGACCCUGUGAAGAUUGCUCAGUUCCUGUACCAAGAAGCUGGACUUAGCAAGACGGCCAUUGGAGAAUACUUAGGUCAAAGGGAAGCACUCAAUCUACAGGUUCUUCAGGCAUUUGUGGACUGCCAUGACUUAUCUAAACUCAACCUUGUGGAAGCUCUAAGGAGGUUCUUGGGCAACUUUCGACUUCCUGGAGAGGCUCAAAAAAUAGACCGUAUAAUGGAAACUUUCUCUGUCCGUUACUGUCAUUGUAAUCCAAAGACAUUUCCAUCUACAGAUAGCUGCUACAUAGUGUCCUUCUCCCUGAUUAUCCUGAACACCAGUCUGCAUAAUCCCAGUAUUAAGGAGAAGCCGGACCUGAACCACUUCCUGUCUAUUCACAGGGGUCUGCAAGCCGGAGAGAACCUUCCUCCUGAGCUUCUUGCUGUUAUGUAUGAGAGUUUGAAGAAAGAGGCAUUUCAAAUCCCUGAACAGGAGGACGCAUGGGAACACAUGCUUGCCUUUCACAUGCCGCAGAGAGAGGGCUGGCUUCUCAAGCUUGGUGGCAGAGUGAAGACUUGGAAAAAAAGAUGGUUCAUUCUCAAAGACAACUGUUUAUAUUACUUUGAGUUUAUCACGGAUAAAGAGCCCCUCGGAAUAAUCCCCUUAGAAAACUUAUCCAUUGAGAUAGUAGACGAUCCUAAGAAACCGCACUGCUUUGACCUACAUGCCGAGGGGCAGACUAUUAAAGCCUGCAAGGCGCAUGGGGAUGGGCGGAUGGUGCAAGGAAAGCACCAAUCAUAUCGCCUGUCUGCUCCAAGCCAUGAAGAAAAAGAGCUCUGGGUGCAAAGUGUUAGAUCAAGCAUAUCCCGGGAUCCGUUCUAUGACCUGGUCUCCAAAUGCAAGAAAAGCAUUUCAACCAAGAAAUCUCAUUGAGCAUUCAACAUAAGGCCAGGCCAGCACUUCAAUAACUGAGACUCACUCCACACAAAAAAGACUGACUCACAUGCGGGUCACUCCAAGUUCUCCUUAUGACCGACACUUAUUAUAAAUGAUAGACUUUUUUUUACAAGUGACACUCCAUCUGAGAAUAACUCACUCUAGAAAUAGACUGCUUCACUCAACAGAUGCACAGCUUUCUAUAUGAGUGGAUACUUACUGUGCAAAUGGACUAGCAUUCAAGGUGGACAGCUUUCUAUAUGAGUGUACACUCACUGUACAAAUGGACUAGUACUCUAGAGGUGUAUAACAUUCUAUAUGAGUGUACACUAACUGUAUAAAUGGAUUGGUACUCUAAAGAUGUACAAAUUUCUAUAUGAGUGCACACUCACUGUACAAAUGGACUGGUACUCUAGAAGUGUACAGCUUUCUAUAUGAGUGCAUAUUCACUGUACAAAUAGACUGGUACUCUAGAGGUGUACAGCUUUCUAUAUGAGUGCACACUCACUGUACAAAUGGACUGAUACUAUAGAGGUGUACAGUUUUCUAUAUGAAUUCACACUCACUGUACAAAUUGAUUUGUACUCUAGAGGUGUACAGCUUUCUAUAUGAGUGCACACUAACUAUACAAAUGGACUGGAACUUGAGUUGCACAGCUUUCUAAAUGAGUGCACACUCACUGUACAAAUGGACUGGUACUCAAAGUUAACAGCUUUUUAUAUGUGUGCACACUCACUGUACAAAUGGACUGGUACUCUAGAGGUGUACAGCUUUCUAUAUGAGUGCACACUCACUGUACAAAUGGACUGGGACUCAAGGUGUAUGUCUUUCUAUAUGAGUGUACACUCACUGUACAAAUGGACUUACUCUAGAGGUGUACAGCUUACUCCAUGAGUGCACACUCUCAAAUUCUCCUAAUUAGCUACAUUUCCUCUGCAGAAAUGGGAUUUAAUAUAUACCAGAGUGAUAAAGCUGUACACAUUCCAUGUAAUGUAAAUAAAUGACUAACGAUA